AUGGUUAAUUACAAGUGCUCAUUUUGUGAGCGUACAUUUAGUAGUCGUUCAGGGUAUAGCCAGCAUGUUAAUAUUUGCGAUCAAUCUAUCAUCAAUGAAAGUGAUAAUUCUAUUAUAGAUAUUAAUAAUAUUUUGCUAGAAAGUGAAGAGAUUUUUAAUUCUAUUGAAAUGAAUAACGAAAGUUUAUAUGAAGAUCUCCUUCCGCUUGUUGAAGAAUUACUUUUAAGUAACGACCAUAGCAGUAAUUUUGAAAAUAUUAUAUCUGAAGAUUUAAUAAUAAAUUAA